GGAAAGAACUCCAACCACUAUCAGCCACUGAGAUUGGUUUCUUCCAGUGUCAGGAAAGACUGAUGUCAUCAGAAGGGUCAAAAAGGAAGCGAUGGUUCUGUAGAAGAUGGACUGAGAUAGUUUGCAUUUGCCAAAUUUCUAAGAGACCCCAGAUUCUUUGCUGAUUCAGAACUGGAAGAGGUUUGGAUAUAUACCAAAAGAGAAUCCCUGAAAAUAUGAACUUGGCAACAUUCACAAAAUCCUGGAUAUUUUGGGGUUGUGCUGCCAUUAGAAAAACUGGCUUCACUCUGAGGGGAAAUGCUUCAUCCACAGCAAAGAGAAUGCCAAGGACUGAAAUGAGAUUGCCUUCUGGAGGAUCCCUAUCAUGAAUCGAUACACAACUAUCAAACAGCUGGGAGAUGGGACAUAUGGCUCUGUCCUCCUAGGAAGAAGUAUUGAAUCAGGAGAGCUGAUUGCCAUUAAGAGAAUGAAGAGAAAAUUUUAUUCCUGGGAGGAAUGCAUGAAUCUUCGUGAAGUCAAGUCCUUGAAGAAACUUAACCAUGCCAACGUAGUGAAACUAAAAGAAGUUAUCAGAGAAAAUGAUAAUCUGUACUUUGUAUUUGAGUAUAUGAAAGAAAACCUUUAUCAGUUAAUGAAAGAAAGGAACAAAUUGUUUCCAGAGUCCACUGUUAGGAAUAUUAUGUAUCAGAUUCUUCAAGGCCUUGCAUUCAUACAUAAACACGGUUUUUUUCAUAGGGACUUAAAACCUGAGAAUCUCCUUUGCAUGGGACCAGAACUUGUGAAAAUAGCAGAUUUUGGACUUGCACGUGAAAUUAGAUCCAGACCUCCCUAUACAGACUAUGUUUCGACACGGUGGUACAGAGCUCCUGAAGUGCUCUUGAGGUCCACUAACUACAGUUCUCCCAUUGAUAUCUGGGCUGUUGGUUGCAUCAUGGCAGAAGUUUAUACCCUCAGGCCACUCUUUCCCGGGAGCAGUGAAAUUGAUACUAUUUUCAAAAUUUGCCAAGUGCUGGGAACGCCGAAAAAGAACGAUUGGCCCGAAGGCUACCAGCUUGCAGGAACCAUGAAUUUCCGGUGGCCCCAGUGUGUACCAAAUAACCUAAAGACCCUCAUCCCUAAUGCCAGCAGUGAGGCCAUCCAGCUCAUGAGAGACAUGCUGCAAUGGGACCCAAAAAAGAGGCCAACUGCCAGUCAGGCACUUCGAUAUCCUUAUUUCCAAGUUGGCCAUGCCCUGGGCCCUUCUCAGUGUAUUCGGGAGCUGGGAAAGCAACAGCGAGACCUUCUUGAGAAAGGCCAAAGCCACCUUAAGCCCAUUCCGCCAGCAGCACCCCCACCUAAAGCACAAAGUGGCCUCUCAUUGAGACCAUGUCCGCAGAGCCAUUCCUCCCAAUCCCUGACCUACCCACACAAAGCAGACUCAUCAGUGAGGGACCACUUAAAGGAAGCCAAGCCAAGUCAGGUAGUCUUCCCAGAAAUUCACGCCAAGCUUUCUCUACAGAGAACCUCCAUUGCCACAGAAGAAGCCAACGGUGAUCUCAAACCAAAGAACCGACAUAAAUGGGGCCACAUUACUGGAACACUAAAAAGUUCUGAGGAGUGGGAUACUGUGGAAGAGAGUGCUAGGAAGUCUUCCCUCAGCAGAAUGGAUUUUAAAAACAAAGGGCAGAGUGAUGAUGCUCUUUGUAGAUUUGAAAGUAUUUUGGAUCUGAAAUCUUCAGCCUGCAUAGGGACAGGAAACAGCGCACCUUCCUAUCUUCAACAGGACAUGCCAACAUGCCAAGUUUCUGCAGCCAAACAACAUUACUUGAAACAUUCUAGGUAUUUACCUGGAAUAAGUCCAAGAAAUAAUUUGGUAUCUAGUUCAAGCAAAGAUUCUGUCCUACCAAAUCCAUGGCCAAGUUCUAGUUUGCCUAGAAAGACGUCGGCAACGGCAGGCGGGAUCACCAGGCUGAAUACUAAUUGCACAGGAUCAAGUGGCCUACUGGGUGCUUAUGUCCCUUCCUUUCUGAAAAAAGAAGUUGGCUCUGCUGGCCAGAGAGUGCAGUUGGCACCAAUUCUUGAUCCGUCUCCUGCAGAUUCAUCUUCUCAUUACAGUUCCAUGAAGACUAUCAGAGCUCAUAUUGUGAGGCCAUCAUUUAACAUAUCUAUGAAAAGCACACCAGGGUUGCUGCCGGCCCCACCUCCUGUUCAACCAGUGCAUGGAAGGAUUGACUGGUCUUCAAAAUAUGCUGCUCACCGCUGAAUGAUGGGAUGGAGCAUGCCUUCCAUGACAUUGGCUAAACAUCCAGUCUCCUGUAACAUUUCUUCUGUCCAUUUUUUCUAUGACUGCGACAUUUCAGGACCUUUUAAGAGAGUUUACUUUUUAGUUGUAUGUAUUUGAAUGCAAAGUUGUGUAACUUUUGUAUUGUUCUUAUUUUAUGAUUGAGGCAUUUAUUUUCAUAGGACCAAUGCACAUUUGUAUAUCAGCAUAGAAUUGUGGAAUUUUUUUUUUUGGUCCAGGGGGUUUUCUAAAUAACUUUUAAAAUUCACAUUUUUAGAAAGAAAAGGAUUUUUUCUUUUCUUUUUUGAUCACAUUUUAUAUAAACGAAUAAAUGUAGCAAUAAGGCAGUAUUUAAUAUAAUUACGAUACGGUUCAUACUGUAACGACAUUUACCAAAUAUUCUAUAAGUUAAGUUUCUGAAUAUGGUAUGCUGGGCAAAUAACCCACUGAGUAGCUACCUUCUUCUCUAACUCCAUAACGAAAUAGCCACAGUGAUGGUACAAAGCUUCACUUUUCUGUAGUAAAAUAUGAGAUGGGCAUUUUGUUUUUACAUGACUGGGAAUUAUUAGAGCCAGUGUAUAAAAUCAACAGAGCACAAUCUUGACACCCCCCCCCCAGUUGUAUAAUUUUAGGAUAUAGAUGGUAAAAUGUACUUUUGGCAGGGAAAGAGGUAUGUUCUUUAAUUAUAUUUUGAACAGUAUUUGGUCAGAGUAUCAUAUCUCUAUGGCAGAGGUCUUCAAACUUGGCAGCUUUAAGACUUGUGGACUUCAUAGCAUAGCUGGCUGGAGAAUUCUGGGAGUUGAAGUCCAGAAGUCUUAAAGCUGCCAAGUUUGAAGACCUCUGCUGUAUGGAAUUCUAAAGUUACUGGUUGGUAUAAUUCACCAUAAGUAUUACAACAUGAUUCUGCUCAUUGUUAAUGGCAGUGAAAUAUUAAAGUAGUCAUGUACUAGGAUGGUCACAUUUGGACCCCAUGCCAUUUCAUACUUAACACUAGCCUCGUUUCACAGUGAAAACUAAAUUUAUUAUAGGGAAUCCUGCUUCAGUUGCGAGCAAUAUGUUUUGUAGGGUAGUAAGUCUUGGAAACUAUUUAAAGCAAUAUUAAAUAUGACAAAGCUGGGUUUGUAGAGUAAUAUAAUGAAGUAUAAAGUAUUAAAAUAAGUACCAGCGGCAGCAUCAGAGUUGAAGAUUUUUAUAUAUUCAUAGCCUACAUUUUAUUUUUAAUUCCUUAGCUUUCCUUUUGCCCAAAUGCAAUUUUGUUGCUUCAGUAUAAAGUGAGUAAAAAAAUUUCUUUCAUAUAAUUAAAGGCUUACUUUCAGGAAUAAGUUGACAUUGCUGAUUUUUAGAGUAUUUAGAAGUAAGUUUCAUCCCUUCUAGAAAUCAACAUAGGGGGUUGGGGUUGUUUUUUUCUGGGUGGGUUUUUUUUUUUUUUUGGUACAUCAGAAGUGGAAAUCUUGGAGCUUUGGGAUGGAAAAAGGUAAUAAAAGUUACAGUGCAUUAUUUUAAAGAAAAAGAAUCCAGGUGUUGAAGUUCAGUGGCCCUAUCUCCUCUUAUGCUGGAAAAAAAGAGGAAGAAUUAAACUCUAUGCAUGUAAAAUCACAGAGAAGUCUGGAGGCUGCAUCUUCUCAGGGAGAAAUAAUAAUCCCAAAUAAGCAUUCCAGUUAAGUCUUGGAUGUAGCAUCCAUCUCUCUUCUGUAGUGCUGUUUUCUAGACCCCUCAGUCUGUUGCAUGCUAUUUACUUCUCUUUUUCAUAAAACUGACACUGUAGAUAGAAAAGCUACAGUUUGUAUAUGUUAAGUUCUCCCUAUUAAGACAAUUAGUUCAAUAGCUAAUCAAGUAUCUGUCUUUUGUGCUGGAUCUGAAAACUCCAGAUUAAAGCUGGAAAAAAGCACUCCUUUGUUCAGACACCUUGUUGAUACCUUCUUCCUCAUUGGUUGCAGCAGAGUUUUCCUCCCUGGUGCUGCUCAACUUGUGAGAAGCAACAAUGUAGCAGAACUGUCAAUAUAAAUCAGAAUUGUUCAAUUGCAGUUGAUUACUAAAGGCAACAAUUAAUGUCAAAGACAACAGAAGUGCCUUGGAAAAUAACAUUUUCAACAAGGCUAGUCCAAUAUUAUCCUAAGAGAGCAGGAUUCCCCCCCCCCCCAAAACGGAUGUGCUAUAUAAAUUGAUCAGCAUUUAUGCUGAAGACAAAAAUAUGCAAACUCCUCUAGCCAUUUUCACUGGUGUUGGAUUUUAUGCUUUUUCUAAGUUGUAAAAAAAUCUGCAGUGUUUAAAAAUAUCUCAUUGUCUAAAUUGAAAUUAUAUACCAGCUACAUUUGGCCAUUAGUUAUUUUGAGAAACCACUAAAUAAUAUAAUCAUAUAGUGAAAUAUGCACAAAAGCAAUCUAUUCCACUAUAGUCCUCCAUAGUUCUUUCUGUCUGGAAGGAAGUAACCUGGAAAGGAAAAAAAAAACCAGAGCCAUUUUAAAAAAUUCUAUCAAAAACGUGAGAUGAUUUAAGAAGAAUGCAUGCAUAAUUAAUGGUAAAAUUAGAUUUGUACCAGAUAAAAACUGCAAACUCAUUCAUAUACUCAUGCAGCAGAUCAGAACUUGAAAGAUAAAUGCUCCCUUUAUCCUAUUUUAAAGUAACGCAAACCUAUCUAUUUCUCAUUUAUUUAAACCAUCCUUAAUAUAAUUACUCAUAGUAAUACAUUCCUGGGAAGUUACUUAUGAGUAAACAAAGUUUCUGUCAUCCUAUUGAGCAAUACUUAUUCAUAACAUUUGUUGAGGAUAUAAAAAUAAUUCUGUUAAUACUUCUGUCAGUACAAAUUUAUCAGUGUUGAAUGAGGUUACUAUAUUGCCAUCAGAAAUCUAUGACUUGCAGAUCAUUGCAGCCAUAGAAAGCUUUAGGUAUUUUUUAAAAUAAAAGUAGUGUGUCCUGUGGUUGAGAACAGUAGGUAUAGAAAGUAUUAAAAUUUAAUUUGAAUAAGCAGGUGUAUCUGACAAAUGAAAAUUGUCCAUUUUUUCCUCCUUUAUGUUUGUGCUUGCUUCUUUUUCUAUCUCAGAAAGUCCUUUCCAAAAUAAAAUUAUUUAAACAUU